GGUGUCGAGGAGCUGCAGGAUGGCACUGGCUUUUUCUUCUUUCUCUCUGGCUUAGAAUUAAGGCACUGUGUGCAAAGAUCGCCUUUGUCUUUGAGUGCCUGUUCUUGAUUGCAUGGAACUACACGCAGCAGUCGAGAUCUUAUUUCCUCACUGUGAGGAGCGUUCUUUGAAAUGCUAGCAAUAGUUCUAGUCACGAAGACCGCCCACCUUUGAAAUCGCCGCGGGCUUUGUCACUCGGUUGCCCCUUAAGUUGGAAGCCUAUGGAAGUUGUGGCAGCUGCUGCGCCUAGUCUCGCGCUUCCUGUGACUCACUAGCUUCGGCGCUCUUGUGACUAGUCGCCGACCCCCUGCGACUAGUGUAGUUUCAGACUUACUGCGACUAGCUGAAGCCCCCGCGUGUCUUGGUUCUGAGGCUUUAGCAUUGGCGCACAUUUCAGCCCGGGAAAGUCCAGCCUGGAGCUCGCUUUUUCUCCAUGUAGGUCCCUCCAUGAAGAUACUGCUUUUUGUGUCUGUUUUCUUUAUGGUCUUUCUUUCGAUCUUGGGCGCCUCCUCGUUAGACGGAGCGUUCAGCCUUUUCUGCUUCUUCUUCAUAUGUGCGUCGUUAUCAGGAUCAGACGGGGCGCGUUCGAGCUGGGUUGGGUCUUUCCAUUUUCUAUCUUUUCGGCGUGUGUGGGUCUCUCUAUCAGAUUUCUCACCUAUAAAGCGCUCCCGCGUGAAGCUGCGCCAUUUGUUUUUCUGCCUCUUCGUCUGUCGUGUGUUCUCUUUUCUAGAUAUUAGGCGCCGCCCCGUGGGUCUUUUGCUCCUUCUGCUUCUUCUUCUUGAUUGUGUUUUAUAGCAUCGGAGCCUCUUGGGGUUUCCGGCUGGAAUUUUGUCAAGUUUUUGCAUUUCAAGUUGUAGAAAAAUGAGAAAACUCGACUCAGGACGAACCUGCGGAAAGUGGGAAAGUUUUGCACUUCGCUGCGUCUCUACUGAUGGCAAAUCUUUGGAAAGGGUGAGACGUAGAAAAGUGGGAAGCUUUUACCCCUGAACGACUUUCAGAACGUUCCAAAAUUUUGAGAAGAGACAGCCGCUGAAAAGCUUCCAAACGUUUGAGAAGAGGCAGCCUCUGAAAAUCUAAAACGUUUUGGCCUGGGUUGGUUAGCUUCGAUAGAAUAGAAUAGACGCGAGUGCUGGCAGUAGCCUGAGCUUGGAAGAUUUGGGCUCGUGAGUUUUUGGAUUUAAUUGGCCUAGGACACGAGCACAGCACGACCACAGCCACCCGACCCCACGCAGCGGCCCCGUUGACUGCUCGCCCCCCUCUUCCGCUCCCUAGACCAGACGAGGCCAGUCGAGUCCAGUAGGCUACGGCUACACUAGAGCUAGACUACGCUAGUGCUGUGUAGUCUAGACUGGCUUGGCGCUAGUCCUAAGCUAGUCUUAAUGUAGUCCAAGCGCAGCGGCAGCGCUAGUCUCCUCUAGACUAGACUCGUCCAGUCUAGAGCACAAGACAGCCCCAGCCCAGUCUAGUCCACUCGCCUGGCUUGCCGUCUCGUGUCUUGUGCUGUAGAGUAGUGCAGCGCACGUAGCUCGCUGCUGUCUUGUCUUGUGUUGCCUUGGGCUUGGCUUGCGUUGCCUUGGCUAGGCUGGCUUGCGUUGGGUUGGGUUGGCCCAGCCAGGCCAGCGGCUGCGUUGGCUUGCCACUUUGGUUGGUUUUGGGUUGCGGUUGCCCCUGGCUUGCGGUUGCCCUUUGCUUGCGCGGUUGCCCUUGGCUUGCUCUUGGCUUGCCCUUGGCUUGCCCUUGGCUUGCCCUUGGCUUGCCCUUGGCUUGGCUUGCCCUUGGCUUGGCUUGGCUUGGCUUGGCUUGGCUUGGCUUGGCUUCGCUUGCCCUUGGCUUGGCUUGCCCUUGGCUUGGCUUGCCCUUGGCUUGGCUUGCCCUUGGCUUGGCUUGGCUUGCCCUUGGCUUGGCUUGCCCUUGGCUUGGCUUGCCCUUGGCUUGGCUUGCCCUUGGCUUGGCUUGCCCUUGGCUUGGCUUGCCCUUGGCUUGGCUUGCCCUUGGCUUGGCUUGCCCUUGGCUUGGCUUGCCCUUGGCUUGGCUUGCCCUUGGCUUGGCUUGCCCUUGGCUUGGCUUGCCCUUGGCUUGGCUUGCCCUUGGCUUGGCUUGCCCUUGGCUUGGCUUGCCCUUGGCUUGGCUUGCCCUUGGCUUGGCUUGCCCUUGGCUUGGCUUGCCCUUGGCUUGGCUUGCCCUUGGCUUGGCUUGCCCUUGGCUUGGCUUGCCCUUGGCUUGGCUUGCCCUUGGCUUGGCUUGCCCUUGGCUUGGCUUGCCCUUGGCUUGGCUUGCCCUUGGCUUGGCUUGCCCUUGGCUUGGCUUGCCCUUGGCUUGGCUUGCCCUUGGCUUGGCUUGCCCUUGGCUUGGCUUGCCCUUGGCUUGGCUUGCCCUUGGCUUGGCUUGCCCUUGGCUUGGCUUGCCCUUGGCUUGGCUUGCCCUUGGCUUGGCUUGCCCUUGGCUUGGCUUGCCCUUGGCUUGGCUUGCCCUUGGCUUGGCUUGCCCUUGGCUUGGCUUGCCCUUGGCUUGGCUUGCCCUUGGCUUGGCUUGCCCUUGGCUUGGCUUGCCCUUGGCUUGGCUUGCCCUUGGCUUGGCUUGCCCUUGGCUUGGCUUGCCCUUGGCUUGGCUUGCCCUUGGCUUGGCUUGCCCUUGGCUUGGCUUGCCCUUGGCUUGGCUUGCCCUUGGCUUGGCUUGCCCUUGGCUUGGCUUGCCCUUGGCUUGGCUUGCCCUUGGCUUGGCUUGCCCUUGGCUUGGCUUGCCCUUGGCUUGGCUUGCCCUUGGCUUGGCUUGCCCUUGGCUUGGCUUGCCCUUGGCUUGGCUUGCCCUUGGCUUGGCUUGCCCUUGGCUUGGCUUGCCCUUGGCUUGGCUUGCCCUUGGCUUGGCUUGCCCUUGGCUUGGCUUGCCCUUGGCUUGGCUUGCCCUUGGCUUGGCUUGCCCUUGGCUUGGCUUGCCCUUGGCUUGGCUUGCCCUUGGCUUGGCUUGCCCUUGGCUUGGCUUGCCCUUGGCUUGGCUUGCCCUUGGCUUGGCUUGCCCUUGGCUUGGCUUGCCCUUGGCUUGGCUUGCCCUUGGCUUGGCUUGCCCUUGGCUUGGCUUGCCCUUGGCUUGGCUUGCCCUUGGCUUGGCUUGCCCUUGGCUUGGCUUGCCCUUGGCUUGGCUUGCCCUUGGCUUGGCUUGCCCUUGGCUUGGCUUGCCCUUGGCUUGGCUUGCCCUUGGCUUGGCUUGCCCUUGGCUUGGCUUGCCCUUGGCUUGGCUUGCCCUUGGCUUGGCUUGCCCUUGGCUUGGCUUGCCCUUGGCUUGGCUUGCCCUUGGCUUGGCUUGCCCUUGGCUUGGCUUGCCCUUGGCUUGGCUUGCCCUUGGCUUGGCUUGCCCUUGGCUUGGCUUGCCCUUGGCUUGGCUUGCCCUUGGCUUGGCUUGCCCUUGGCUUGGCUUGCCCUUGGCUUGGCUUGCCCUUGGCUUGGCUUGCCCUUGGCUUGGCUUGCCCUUGGCUUGGCUUGCCCUUGGCUUGGCUUGCCCUUGGCUUGGCUUGCCCUUGGCUUGGCUUGCCCUUGGCUUGGCUUGCCCUUGGCUUGGCUUGCCCUUGGCUUGGCUUGCCCUUGGCUUGGCUUGCCCUUGGCUUGGCUUGCCCUUGGCUUGGCUUGCCCUUGGCUUGGCUUGCCCUUGGCUUGGCUUGCCCUUGGCUUGGCUUGCCCUUGGCUUGGCUUGCCCUUGGCUUGGCUUGCCCUUGGCUUGGCUUGCCCUUGGCUUGGCUUGCCCUUGGCUUGGCUUGCCCUUGGCUUGGCUUGCCCUUGGCUUGCCCUUGGCUUGCCCUUGGUUUGGCUUGCCUUCUUUUCCUUUCCUUUCCCUCCCUUUGCUUUUGCCCUUGCGUUGCUCCUGCCUUUGCCUUGGCUUGCCCUUGGGGGCCGCUUGCUGGAGGCCGGCCCAGGUGCAUGCGCUAGACUCGCGGGCGCCUGCUAUUGCAUUGCGGUGGCACGGGUUCUUUAUUGGGUCUUUUGUGUCGGAUCGGUUGUUGCCUCCCGGCAGCCAGAUCAGAUGGCGCGGGUGUGUUGUGGUGUCUGUCGGUCGGGAUUUUCUCAAAGCCCGAAAAUUUUAUCCGAAUAGGCUGGCUGGAGAUGUGUCCGCCUGAGAGAGUGCUCGGGGCUUCGCUUGCUCUUGCCAGUCUGGUGCUGGUCUCGUUUGGCCUGGUCUGGUCCGGUCCAGUCCGGUCUUGUUUGGUUGCUCUGCCUUGGUCUGCCUGGUGUGGUCUGCUUUGCUCUGCUGUGCUAUUAUGGUUUGCGCUCGCUCAGGUCUGCUCUCUUCGGGUCUGCUCUCCUCUCCUCUUGCUGCUUCGUGUUCUCUGCUUGUCUUGUUUUCAUGCGUUGGCUUCCUGCGUGUGCUGUGUAGUGGUGUCACUUGUUCCGCCUCUGUCGUUGCUGCCUCGUGGUCUCUCGUGUCUUGUUUUUGCGUGUCUUUUGCGCGCGGGGCUUUUGGGGUGGCUGGUUUUUUGCUUUCGUUGUCGUUGCUUAGUGUUCUCUCGUGCCUUGUUUUUGUGUGCUUUUAUUUUGCGCGUGUAGCCUACCCAGUGUAAGGGGCUUCUCUUUUUUGCCUCGUUUUCCUUGCGUAGUGUUCUUCAUCGAGCGCGCUUCCCUUGCUUAAGGAAGGCUCUGAAGGAAGGCCCUUAAGAAAAUGAGGUCGAUUGCUAAUAUUAUAAAUACUAAUAUCUUCUCUCCUUUCCCCGACAGUGAAUUUAUUCAAUGAGAUUGUCAGAUCAUUUCUCAUUUUCUCCUUUCCUUAUGUCAUGUUCUACUACUGAACAGUUUCUGCCACUCGUCUUUUCGUCUCCACCUCUAAAUACAGCAGCUAUUACUGCAGCUGUCGACGCCGCCAUUAUGGAGCAGAUAACUCAUGGCGGAACUCGCGUGAAACACCUGAUCUUCAACAAGCUUGGUGGCGGUCUCUAUUGGCCAAAAUUUACUUCGACUUCGGACGACAUCAAAACAAAAAUUAUUGGCUCAAUUGGCUCCGGCAAGUCGUGGAAGCAUGCUCAGUGUUAUGAUCAAUGCAGAUCAUGCACAGAGCACAUACUUAUAUCCUGAUAUUUAAGUUAAAGUUUUAGGUACAACUUAUCCACCUUAAGCUUAACCUUAACGACCUUUCUUUUUCUCAAGUUUACUUAUAUUUCUACUUACUUCACGUUCACUUCUAGGAACACAGGCACAUCUAAACAAGGAUGAAGGAGACUUAUCGAGUGCUUUUCCAGAAAGUGCUGGAGACGCCAGUCGGGAUUCGCUUCUCCUCUCGCAAAUACACUGGGACGCCGCCAACACCUUAUGCUCGGGUUUUUUUACUUAGACUUUUUGUUGAAGAUAACCGACCUCUGGUGUUCCACAACGCCAGGUGGUCCGAACAUCUAGGGCAACUGGACAUGAUCUAGGACCAGAGCUCUAAUUUUGACCUCUUUACCUACAGUGGGAGUAGGUUUACCUACUUUUUCUUCUUCUUAUGGGAUAGGAUACGUGCGUACCUUAUUCUCCCGAGCUAAAUAGCCCCCGUCGUAGACUAACAAUUCGGAUCGAUCGGUAGAACUCUCUAAACUAUCACGGACGGGAGCAUCGAGAAAGUGUACGAGUUCAAGCGUGGCCAGUUUUUCAAGGGCGUACACAUGACGACAGGUGAGACGAAGCUAGGUGAGAGUGUGGAGUGGGACAAAUGGGCACAGAAAAGCUUACAGGAAACAAGUUAGAUAAAAAAUAAGGGUAUUUAAUUAUAGAGACAAUUAGAUUUAGAAAGUGAAGGAAUGGAAUUGGAUAUUAAACUUCUUCUACUUCUUCUUCUACAGGAAACCGACACGGUAGAUGUAUGUAGUAGGUAGACGAAUUAGAAAAGGAUGAAAGGUAGAUGUCGUGAAUUAAGAAAAUAGAGAAAAGUAAAGCUUCUUCCCUUUUUAUAGGGUCGAGGUUUAGGUCCAGCGGCGCUCAAAGCACUAAAUAAAGCAACCGGCUCGUUUUUACCUCUAGCGUGUAGCCCUUCCAACCAUAAAGCAAAGUAAGUUGUACUUGUAUGGAUGAAGAUCAUGAAGUGAGAACUGGCGUUGGAGCAGGAGUUUGCAUCUAUAGCCUGUAUCUGUAGUACGUACCUAUCAAAAAUAAGAAUGUUGGCAGAUGACAAGAGAGCAACCACAAAGAUGACAAAGUAUAAUCAAAGAAAACGAUUAGUACUCAAUAGGAAAUGAACUAUUACUCAAGAACAAAUCAAAACUACCUGAACAAUCAUCAUUCAAGCACGUUCACGUUGUACAAUCAUGAUCAAGCACUUUGUACCAGCACUACUGUUGCAUUGAUGAAGAAAACGAACUCUAGGUCUGACCUGAAAGCUAAAGAAGCCUGACGUUACCGGCGCUGGACUAGAAAAUUGACAUUUUGAUGCAUGACUCAGGAGGGCCAGAAAUAAUGACAAGUAAAAACAGCACACCUUACCUGCGCGGCACCUUACAAAUUAUUAUACCUCUCAUUCACAAUCGAUGAUGACCUCCUCAUGACUAAAUGGCGACUAAGUGAUCUUCAGAAAAGAAGAAACGGCGAAACAACUUCUAACCUGCUAUUAUCUUAUGUGACGAACUUGUGGACGACCAAAUGACCAUCAGACACGGAAU